UUCAAGUUUAUUUAAUUUUACAAUUUAAUUCAAGUUUAUUUUCGCUAGAAUUAAUGGAUGUUGAUGAAUUGAGAAGGCAGCAAUUCGCUAUCAAAAGCUUUACCGAAUCUGUUGAGGAGGAUUUGGAUGAAGACUGGCAAAGAAGGCAUUCUACAACUAGAGGCGAAAUUGAUAGUGGAAUGAAAGAAAGCAGUACAGAUGAAACAAUUAUUGAAGUUACUCGUCGUGUUGACCCAACAAAAGGAGAAACACAGAAAUAUACAAUGCGUGUAUCGGGCCCAGAAUUAGUAGAUCAGGAAUUUGAGCUUCAUAAGAGUCUAGUUCACAGUGCUAGUGGGGGAGAGUUUGUAGAGGAUGAGGAAGAAGCACAGACUUCAAAUUGUAAGUGAUAAAUGAAGCUUAUAAAAAUUGAAAAAGUAAAAAUGAAACAUAGCAAAAUAUGAAGCAAAAUUUAAAAAACUGAAACAAAAUUUCGAAAAUGAAACAUAAAAAUGAAAACUUGAAGCAACCCUAAACUUGAAGCAAAUUAAAAUUUUAUUAUUUUUUCUUCAUUUAUUUAUAGCUAUCUUCACCCUCCCAUCAGCAACACAUGACAUAGUACCCACAAAAAAAUCUGUUAAAAAGUCAUCAUCGACUGUUGUUCGAGGAAAGGAAGAAGAAGCCUGCGCAAGCUAUUUUAAAUCUGCGUCGGUAAGGGAAAAAUAUAUAUUGGCAUU